AUGACGUCACUCCAUUUCCAAGUGCCCCAGGCAAAAGAGGAAGCUGUGACCAGGGACCUGAAAGCCGCCGUCUCGGCCAUCCUCCAGGGCUAUGGGGACAGGCAGCAGCCGGUGACAGACGCCAGUGCGGAGCUGCACAGACUCUGCGGCUGCCUGGAGCUGCUGCUGCAGUUUGACCAGAAGGUGCAGAAGAGCUUCCUGGGGCCUCAGAAGGACUACUGGGACUUCCUGUGCACCGGCCUAAAGCGACAGCAGGGUGACACCGAGCCAGCCCGUUUUGUCCGCUUGCAGGACAAGUUGAAGACUCCGCUGGGGAAAGGGCGCGCCUUCAUCCGCUUCUGCCUAGCCCACGGACAGCUGGCCGACGCCCUGCAGCUCUGCCUCCUGAACUCAGAGUUCACCAGGAAAUGGUAUGGCCCGCGGAGCCCUCUGGUGUGUCCUGAACUCCAGGAAGACAUCCUGGACUCGCUCUAUGCUCUUAAUGGUGUGGCCUUCGACUUGGAUCUGCAGCGGCCAGACCUGGAUGACGCCUGGCCCAUGUUCUCAGAGUCACAUUGUUCCACCUCCAGGAAAACCCAGGCAAGAAGGCCCAGAAGGACCAAAGCUUCCCCGAAGAAGGUCUCAGCGGCACGUGGGGUCCCCAAAGGAGUCCGUGAAAAGGAAUCACACCCAGGACCAACCGGCUAUCUGGGAGAGGCGCCCAGGGAAGGCCACUUGGCAGGACUCCCAGGAUCUGAACCACAUGGGCAUCUUUCCCCCACUUUGGAAAAUAAGAGAGAUGGUCUCCAGAGCCCCGGAGCCCCCCAGAGCGUGUGGGAACCUGAGGAGGGGGAUUUUCAGCAGGACCAAAGUGAGGGAAGCCCAAGGCCUGGGGUCGCCCUGCCGAACUCCACACCCAGCACCCAGGGACAGGGGGAGGGGCCCAAGGGGACUCUACAGGAGGUGAUGGAGCCCGAGGCUGAGGGCGGAGGGGUCCUUAUGAAAGCAGGAGGUCAGAGAGCCAUAGAGGUAACUCAUCAGGAGAGAGCAGAGUCUGAGCCUGUCCAGUGGCUGCUGGCCCCCAGCCCCAGACAGAUGAUGGAGGAAGCCAUGUGGGGGAGCAAGCAGGAGUCAGAGCCCUGGGUCCUUCGGGGUCCAGGAAAGGGGGAAGACGCCACUACAGAGAAGCCCCAAGAGCAAACAGGAGUGAACAGCGUGGCCCGGGGAGAGGAGCUAGCCGAGGUGCCCCUGCCGGAUAUGGUCAAGAGCCUCAGACAUCAACUGUGGAAGGCCACGGAGCAGGCCCAGCACCAGGGUCAGCUGCUGAGGGAGCAGGAGAUAGCACUGACGGGCCUGCAGGAGCAGCUCCGCAGGUGUCAGGAAGAGAAGGCCCAACUGCAAGCAGCGCACGAGCAGACGCGACAGGAGGCUGAGAGGAAGGACAGCACGUGCCAGCAGGAGCUCCGAGAGCAGCGGGAUGUGAUCCGGGCCCUGAAGAGGCGGGUGCUGGAGCUGACCCGAGAGAAAGACGGCCUGUGGCAGCAGACCCAGCAUCUCUCGUCCAUGGCCCCCGGCUGCUGUGUCAGCUGCAGCAAGAUCUUUGGCCGACUCUCUCGGCGGUAUCCCUGCAGGUGGGAGGUCCUGGUCCCGCAGUGGGCUGCAGUGACCACCCAGUCCUCGCUGAUCAGGCCGGCCCCUGCAGAAGUGGAAGCCGGUGCUGCCCUGUAG